UUAAAAAUUAUAGAGGGACUUAUUUAACAUUUUGGCAAACUUAUUAUUAUGAACACCAACUCCAGAGACAUCUGCGAGUUCAUUUUGGCUAAAGCCAGCUCCUGGUGCUAUCUCGCGCCACUGCUAGUUGUUCAUCUCUGCAUUAAAUGUUGUAAGCACUUGAAAGUCGAAAUGAGAUAUAGCCAUGAGCAUAUGGCGAUCGCCGAGAACAAUAAUUUCUCAAUGCGACAACAUCAACUAUCUUCUUCAACAAUGCAGCAAUUCAAGAUCCCUGCAGCCAGCCAAGCAAGUUCACCAGCGAGUCACCGUGUGCGGGUCCAGUCGCGACCCUUUCACGCUUACCAAGCUGCUUCAACUGUAUGUGGAUUGCGACGAUUUGGACUCUGCACAGAACCUGUUCGAUAAAUUGCCGCAACCAAAUGUAUUUGCUUGGUCUUCGAUUCUCGCAUUCUAUUCUAGACAUGGGUCUUAUGAGGAAUGCCUACAUAGUUACAGAGAUAUGAAGGUGAAGGGUGUUUCGCCAGAUAAUUAUGUGUUUCCUCAAGUUUUGAGGGCGUGCGCGCAGUCGUCAAGCUUGGAAGAAGGGAUUCAAAUUCACAAACAUGUGAUUGUUUAUGGCUCUGAACUGAAUUUACAGGUUUGUAAUUCCCUGAUUGAUAUGUAUGCAAAGUGCGGGGAUGUUGAGAGUGCAAGGCGGGUUUUUGAUGAGAUGGUGGAAAAAGAUUUGUUGUCAUGGAACUCCAUGAUUUCGGGAUAUGUGCAUAAUGGGUUGCUGAGAUUGGCUGUGCAGCUUUUCAGUUCUGUGAGAGCAAAUGGUUGUGAGCCUGAUAUUGUCACAUUCAAUACUGUAUUGGAUGCUUAUUGCCGUAUGGGCCUCUGUGAAGAGGCUUGGAAAAUCUUUGGACAGAUCAAGGACCCUAAUAUCAUCUCAUGGACUACUUUGAUAUCUGGUUAUUCAAGAACCGGGAAGCAUGAAAUUGCAUUGAGGAAAUUUAGGACUAUGGUUAAUAUGGGAAGGGUUUUCCCAGAUUUAGGUUCUCUUUCCAGUGUCCUUGUCUCUUGCAGACAUUUGGGUGCUCUUAUGAGUGGAAGAGAAAUCCAUGGUUAUGGAACUAAGAUGGAAAGAGGAACUAAAUUUUAUUCUUCAGCUGGUCCCGCUCUGUUAACCAUGUAUACCAAGUGCCACAGGAUUCAAGAUGCAAAAACUGUAUUUGGACUGAUGGACAAAUCUGAUGUUGUUACUUGGAAUUCCAUGAUUCUUGGAUUCUCUGAUGUGCAACUGGGGCAUAUGGCAUUAGAAUGUUUUAGUCAAUUGCAGAAAACAGGAGUUAAGAAUGAUCAGACCACCAUAUCCACUAUCUUGCCUGUAUGUGAUAUAAAAUCUGGGAAACAAAUUCAUGCCCGCAUGAUCAGAAACAGUUUCUGCUCUGUUGUUGUGGUUUUGAAUGCAUUGAUUCAUAUGUACUCAAAGUGUGGAUGCGUUGGCUAUGCAUAUUCUGUAUUCUGCAACAUGUUCAUCAGAGACCUUGUCUCAUGGAAUGCAAUGAUUGGAGGGUUUGCAAUGCAUGGACUUGGUCAAGCUGCUCUUCAUCUUCUGGAACAGAUGAAUCAAUCAGGCUUUUCACCCAAUUCUGUGACAUUAACUUCAGCACUUUCUGCUUGUACUCACGGGGGUCUUGUGGAUGAAGGGAUUGAACUUUUCCACAGAAUGACCAAAGAGGUAGGCCUAAUCCCUUCCAUUGAACAUUGUGCUUGUGUUGUCGAUAUGCUGGCACGGGCUGGUCGUAUAGAAGAUGCUGUUAGUUUUAUCCAGGCAAUGCCUCUAGAACCUGAUAAAUCUAUUUGGGGCGCUGUACUGGCUGCUUGUAAAGCACACCAAAAUGUUGGGAUAGGGAAACUGGCCGCUGAACAGCUAAUCCGGUUGGAACCUGAGCAGGCUGGUCAUUAUGUCACUCUAUCGAAUAUAUAUGCAAGAGCUGGAAAAUGGGAGGAUGUUGCAGAGGUCAGAAAGGAACUUGGAGGCAGAGGAAUGGGGAAGCAAGCAGGGCAAAGUUGGAUUGAAAGUUGAAGCUCAACCACAUAAAUUAUGAAUUAAUUAAUGAGGGUUGGUUAUUUUAAGCUAAAGCCUAAUAAAUUUACUAUAUCAUUACUUUAAUUAAUUAAUAAUUUCAUAUUAUGGGUCAAUUACGUGACAAUUUUGUGAGAUAUUAUGUCCAUAUAACUUAUUGGU